UAAGAAGUCAAUGCAGCCAGGACUGCUGCGCCGCCAGCAUUACCAAUCGGGCUCAGAGAAAGAACCAGGAGGUAACAGGGACCGCACAAUUAUCAACAGUAAAAUAAGGGGAGUCGACGAGCAAAACAAAGCCCUUUUCUUCCACGGAUUAUCUGAAUUGCCUUUUGCAGUCCUAACAGUUGUGGGGAAAACGUCGACAACGUCAUAUACAAGGUGGACAGUCCGCUGCCUGGUCACUCGUGGUAACUCUCCGCCAUGCCUUUUCCCUUUGGCAAGUCCCACAAGUCACCUGCGGACAUCGUCAAGAACCUUAAGGACAGCAUGACCGUGCUGGAGAAGCACGACAUCUCCGAUAAAAAGGCAGAGAAGGCUACAGAGGAGGUGUCGAAGAGCCUGGUAGCGAUGAAGGAGAUCCUGUAUGGGACAAACGAGAAGGAGCCUCAGACAGAAGCAGUGGCACAGCUGGCCCAGGAGCUGUACAACAGCGGCCUGCUCAGCACCCUGAUCGCCGACCUGCAGCUCAUCGACUUCGAGGGUAAAAAAGAUGUCGCCCAGAUCUUCAACAACAUCCUGAGGCGCCAGAUUGGCACUCGGACACCUACUGUAGAGUACCUGUGUACCCAGCAAAACAUCCUUUUCAUGCUGCUGAAAGGGUACGAGUCUCCGGAUAUCGCCCUGAACUGCGGCAUCAUGCUGAGGGAAUGCAUCAGACACGAACCGCUGGCCAAGAUCACGCUGUGGUCGGAGCAGUUCUACGACUUCUUCAAAUACGUGGAGAUGUCCACGUUCGACAUCGCCUCCGAUGCAUUUGCCACUUUCAAAGACCUCCUCACAAGACACAAGCUACUGAGUGCUGAGUUUCUGGAGCAGCAUUAUGACAAAUUUUUCAUUGAAUAUGAAAAGUUACUACACUCAGAAAACUACGUGACUAAACGGCAGUCCCUCAAGUUGCUCGGGGAGUUGCUUCUCGACAGACACAACUUCACCAUAAUGACGAAAUACAUCAGCAAGCCGGAGAAUCUCAAGCUAAUGAUGAAUCUGCUGCGGGACAAGAGCCGCAACAUCCAGUUUGAGGCUUUUCAUGUGUUUAAGGUGUUUGUGGCCAACCCCAACAAGACGCAGCCCAUCCUGGACAUCCUGCUGAAGAACCAGGCCAAACUCAUCGAGUUUCUCAGCAAGUUCCAGAACGACAGAACAGAGGACGAACAGUUCAACGAUGAAAAGACUUACUUAAUCAAACAGAUCAGGGACCUGAAGAGGCCCGCCCCGCAGGAGGCCUGAGGGGGCAGGGCAAGGACGGAGCCGCCAGGACCCGGUCUGGAAAACAUCCAGACGGCGUCUGCUUAACGGAGCCAUCGGCAGCAGCUGCUCUGAUUUCUGAACAAAAACUGAGGAACAAAAACAAACCCACGUCAGCUCACCAGGAAGUCGCCAGCUCUUCUGCCCCUCAGAACAUUUAAGAUUUUUUUUUAAUUCUUUCUUUCAAAAGAUGUCAGAAAAUACUAGUAGAUGCUGCUGCUGAUUUAUUAUGUUGCCACAACAGUUCAUCACACAUAACGAACAAAUCCACUCAUUCAAACUAAGGCGGGCUUUCUGAGAGGUGUGACAAUAAUCAAAUAGAUACGCACACAAGCAAAUAAUAAUAAUAACAAUAAUAAUAAAACAUGCAGACUUAAGCCGCCACUGAAGACAUUGGGAUAAACGGUACGAACAAGAGCUUCAGAACUAUUGUUGCAUGCCUUGAAAUAUGACAGAUCUGUGGCCAGCGCCGGUGCUGCAGCGUCUGGCCGCCGCAUUCAGAUUCAUGCACAUCCCAGCGGCUGCUUUAGUUUGCAUCUUGGCCAUCAUCUAACAAAGCAAGCAGAUGCCAUCAAAACCAUUUAUUACCUCCUGUGCGCUUUAUGACACAGCGCUUGAAGCACAGCUGAGGAGGGAGGGUUGUAGGGUAUAAAGUAGUUAAAGCCCGUGAUUUGGGUCAUUUUUAUUUUUUAAUUAUCUGGGACAGGGUGAUCGUGUACAUAUGCCUUUUUUUGCUUUGUAGAUUUUUGUUUAACCUUGACAUAAAUAUAUAUUAUAUAUAUAUAUAUAUUACCUUAAACAAACUGUUUUUGGUUGUUAUCAAGUUACUGUCUGGAGCGUAAAAAAAGUGACAUUGUUUCCGCAUUUCAUUUUACUGGUGAAAUGAUUGCUGGUUGGGUUGCUUUGUACAUAACUUAAAGGGCCAGCUCACAUUUAGCUAACCUAUAGGAUCUUUAACAAUUUGUACAGCAGAGGAAUGUCAUAGUAACAGCUCUGGGUCUGUUCAUUUACAUUUUGAGGAUCUCUGCAGAAAAUGUGCAGGGGUGCAGUGCAGAUGGGGAGUGGAGGGAAGAGCAGAGCAUAAACAGCAACAUUAAAGCGUGUGUGUUUGCACUUUGCGAAGGUGCUGGGUGAUUCGUUUCUCCUCACCGGGGCGGUUUUCUUCUGCUCCCUGUUUUCUUACCGCUUCGGUUUGUAACAUCAGAGUGCCAUGUUAGCCCCCCCCACAGUUUGUGAGCUUCAAGUGGGACCGGAUUAUAACGCUCUCACCAUCACCCUUCUCUUUGUGUUUUGAGCCUUUUUAUAAUUCCAGUACAAUGGUGAGCAUAAAGCAUUGUGGGUAGCAGAAGGCUUUUGGGUUUGCUGAAGCUGAGAACAACUGAUUAAACCACAUAUAUUGUCUUCAUUUGCAGUGAGUGACGUUCUAAAAAGCAUCUCAGAGCAGAAAACACUACAGUAAGAGCCUGGUGUCCCCUUCGUUCACUCUGAACAUGCAUGUUGCUUCACUGGUUCUGCAUGAUGCUGCACUAAAAGUUGUACUGGAAUUGGCCCCCUUACCCAUCUCCCUUCCAGCAUUGGACAGUAUUGAAAUGACAAAACGAAUCCUUGACAGUUUACGGUAGUUUGUUGACUUUAUCUCCAGUCUCGGCAGCGAGUGUGUGGGAGCUUUCUGUUGUGUCAAAGGCCUGGGCCCAAAUAAUUAAAUAAACAUUUGAGAUAAAACGCA